AUGAUGCAUUGUUAUUGUUUGAUCAUGCUCUGCCAUUCCCAUUCUGCAAUCGAAAACAUGGCCAAAGUGAACGAUGAACUCGUCAAAGCCAUCACCGAAGGCGACCUCCUCCAAGUCCUCCUCUCUGAACUCUCGGGCGAAUGCAACAUGAACAGCCUCUACGUCUUCAAGGACAAGAAAGGCUACGACUGGAAGGCCACGCCGUUGAUCGCCGCGGCGGCGCUGGGCCACACGGAACUGGUCCAAGGCUUCAUCGAUCGCGCCGAUAUUGACGUGGAUGGGGUUGAUGAGAAUGAAAACUCGGCGUUCAUUGUCGCAGCUGAAAGAGGCCAGGUAGCUGUCGUGCGCCAGCUACUCGCGUCCAACAAGGUUGACAUCAACUUUCGAGGCGAAUACAAGGAAACUGCGCUGUACAAGGCGGCAGAAAAGGGCCAAGUAGCCGUGGUCCGCCAACUGCUCGAGCAUCCAGACAUCAACGUCAACUUGCCCAACGAUAGCAAUGUGACACCGUUGGUGGCUGCGGCCGAAAGCGGCCACGUUGUCACGACCAAGCUGUUUCUGGAACGCAUAGAAGUCGACGAUGCGAUUCGCCACCCCGCGCUCCUUGCAGCGUGUGUGGCAGGUAAAGACAAGGUCGUGGCGAUGCUCUUGGCGCGAACGGAUAUGGACGUGAACGUCAUGGACAAGUAUGGCGACACGCCUCUGAUGGCAGCAGCGGAAGACGGCAGCGUCGCCAACGUCACUUUGCUCUUGGCCAAUCCAGCGACCCUGGUCAACGCCCAAGGCUCGCGCAACCAAACAGCGCUGGGUAAAGCGGCCCAAUACGGCAACAUCGGCGUGAUCCAGCUGUUGCUUGACCACGGAGCCGACCCGUCGAUCCUAGACAAGGACGGCGACACUUGCUUGGAAUUGGCGCUAAAAGAAGACCAGUACGAAGCCGCCGUCGUGCUGCUAGCCAGUGGCAUGCCAGUCCACCAUAUUCACUUCAAAGACAAGUUAGUGUUGGAAUGGGUGGCACCGUAUCUAACCCAUGACGUGGCAAUCCGGCUGUUGCAAUUGGAUUUCCCCGUCGAACGAACCGCCAACGGCAACAUCGCGGCGCGUGACAGCCAUUCGUUUUCGUGGUCAACGUUCCUCGACUCCCAUGUGCCCGUGGACACCUCUGUCCGGGUGGCGGUGGUAGCCACCCUUCUCGGCACUGAAAAAGACGGCGACGACUGGGUCCGGGAGCUCGCGACGGCCAAAGACCAGCACGGACGGGAGGCCCUGCACACAACCGACGCCGCGACCCGCGACCUCCUGAACGGCCUCCGCUUCUUCUGCGGCCGAUAUGAACUCUUCGACGGCCCGCCGAUCCACGUGAGCGCCACGGCGGUAGUUGUGAACGCAUAUGACCACGGAGUGUUCCGCCAAGUGUUUGAGCAGUUUGCCAAUGAUUGUGGCGAGCUGGACAAGAAGGGGUUCCAGGCGUGCGGGAGGCUGCUGGGCCAACAACCCACCGAUGUGAAAAAGAAAGUGGACGCGGCCGUGGAGUUUGACUUGUGGGACAAGGACAAGAGCGGGUACUUAUCUGCUAGCGAGUACAUUCGAUAUUGCGACCAAACGUACGGCGGCAAGCUCAAAGUCGCCAUGAAGUUUAUGCGAAAUGCCGACGAACAUGCGCGCGAAGUGGACACGCGAGCCGAUCUCGACAUUCACUUCGUGUUGGGGUUGCUGCCAACUUUGCCCCAGGCCACAUUUCACGCGAACGUGGCCAGCUUGACUUUGCACGGACGAGGGGUGGCCAUGGCAAACUACCCCCACGUCCUAGUGAUGCCAGCGGCGGACCGGAGCUUGGAGGAUGUGUUCUUGAAGGAACGUCCGAAUGACAAUCAGAUUCGCAGCAUGUUGCAUCAAGUCGCGGAAGCGCUGGCGCAUCUGCAUGAUCACGGCGUUGUUCAUGGAGAUUUGAAGAAACUUAACGUCUUGCGUGUGAACCAUCGCAUGCGAUUGAUCGAUAUGGACGCUGCGACACCGUUUGGAGCUCCCGUGGGGGCCAAGUUUAGCUCGGGCAGUUUGCCUCCGGAAAUGUUUUACAAGCUCCAGAACGACGACGAGUUUGCUGCCAUUGCAAUCCACUGGCAACGUACAACAACCCCCCACACUCUGGAUGAUGUAUGGGCCAAAGUGCAACCUCGCGACCAGUUCUGCAUCAAGACCUUUCACGAGUCGGCGUCGACAUUGCCGUUCCAGCCCGUGGUGGCAUCUCCAGCGCUGGAUGUAUGGGCGUUCGGGGUACUCAUGUACCAAAUGUACAGCGGGGUGGAACUCGUGCCUACAGACAUCAAUCAGGACGUGGACGACAGCGGCAUCGCGCGGGCGGCCACGUGGACGGACACCGACCUAUCGAAACGACUGCAAAAUAAAGUUUCGAACGCCCUUGCCCGCGAUUUGAUGGCCAAGUUGCUUGUUGUGGACCCCAGCGAUCGCAUCAGCGUCCAUGCAAUGUUAAGCCAUCCGUACUUUGAAGUGAAAUAUGACGACGCGACGGGCGGCCAGCGGCUCCUGGUCGAGAGAUUGGACGCGCUCGCAGUUCAAGUCACGACGGGGUUCCACGUCAUGGCCUCACGGCUCGACGAAGUGGUUGACUUGACCAAAGAAACGCUCAAUGCGGUGGGGGCGGCCAAGCAGGAUCUCAUGCGCGGGAUCUUUGAAGCCACCGAAGUCGCCUUCCCCACGUCGUUUGUGAUUUUGCCGUUCGAUUUGACCUUGCCUCAAUGUAACGACGACGACAACGACCCCGAGGACAUGCUGCGGGAUGUGACAUCGUUCAUUCAAAAGGGCAUCGACAUGGGCCACAAUUUUAUGGCUGCCGUCCACCAAAACAAAGCCAUCUCCCGCGCGCUCCGACUGGUUGGCCCAGGCGAGCCGCUCUUCCUGUACCUUAUCGACGAAGUGCACGGGUUACCAGUUGUGCCAACUUCUCCAGGUUCACACUAUCCCAUUCGCAUUGAAACCAAGUCGGACGAGUACACGCAGUUCAUGUCGGCUGCAAUGCCGUACAUCCAAACGGGGUUCCGCCUACUGAAAGGAGCCAGCACGAUUGCCAGUUUGGUGUCGUGUCUGGGCGUGCUGCCGUCACUCGACCCGAAUGUCCUCGACGAGAUGGGCGAACACAUUGAAAACGCCCAGAAAACGUCGUCUGUGUUUGAUUUUGACGUGCUGCAGACCGCCGUGGAGGACCAAGGCGGCGUGCCCGUCCAGCAUAUCCGCGGCGCCGCGCUUCGCGAACUCGAGCGCUUCUUCAAGAAGAACGACCGCGACAAGGAUUACGCUGGACUGUGUCGCACAUAUGCGUCCAAUGGACAAGCGCUGUGGACGACCAAAGCAACCGUUGCCUCGAUGGAACUCGCUAGACCCACAAGCACAGCGUCGCUGAAAUCGGCGCAAGCCAACCAAACCAGGAAAGCGGGUGGAGGGAAGACAGCCCAGCAAGUGUACAUGGACCUGCUCGCGCUACAUGACUUGGCGCAAGAGGACGCGGUUGUAGAAAGGAUGGUGCCGCCGAUGCUCUUACCGCAGGGGAAGAUGCGAUCGAACGGCGACCGACCGCCCAACUGCUGUGGGAUGAUGUAG